AUGAUUUCUAAAGAUAUUUCAAUGUCUUCUCAACCCAUGAGAUCAUUUUUACCUAUCCCACCUGAAAGUUCUUCAACUGAGAUGUUGUUAAAUACUGGAGUUGCAUCUACUAAUUUGUCUAAUAGUACAACCAAAACUGGUGGUGGUGGGGUGGGUUUAGAGGGUGGCUCAAAGACUACGCCUGUGAUUGGUGGGGUCGUAAUUUCUCAUGCUACUCUUACUGGUGCUAAGAAUGAGUUGGUAAGAGAAUCAGUGGAUCUCAGUUUUAUGGACAAUAUUAUCUCAGCUAUUACUUCACAUUUAGGUGAACCAAUCAUCCAAGCUAGGUCUACAGAUUAUGUGAGUAGGUUUGUAAGAGUAGCUUAUAAAUUGGGAGAAUAUUAUUUGUGUACAUCUUUAAUUGCACCAAAUACAAAACCAUUAAUAACCCCAUUGCCUUAUUUGAAUACAAACAUGUUGGAAGAGAAGAUUGAAAUGUUAGGAUCUGGGCCUGUGUUUUUGGAUGAAUGUCUGAUGAAACGUGAAUGCAAAUUUGGCCAGGAUCAAAGAUUGGAGAGAGACUAG